CCGACUGGGAGAGUUGUGGUUAAACGACAAAGAAGAAGACCAACAUGGCGUCUGCGAGCAGCGACGAGUGGAGAGCUGUCUGCGACAAAUUCACCAACGCCCAGAAUCUCACUGUUGUCGAAUCACGAAAUGACCCUGAAAACGACCCGUUCCGCUCCAAAUACAAGGCCAGGGAGCUCCUCCGGGAGAUAUACUGCACGCUCAAGAGCUUCGAAGCCGGCGAAGGCGAAGAGGAAAGCGGCGCCGAGAGCAGCGAACAGCGGCCGACGGAGCCUCCGGUGGACGGGCAGAGGGAGGACGGGUACGGUCAGGGCUUCAGCGGGGACUCGCCGGCCGGACUGCGGGCCGCUAAACUCGGGGCGGUUGAGUACUAUCUGGGCGUCAACCAUGUUGACACAGAGGAGCUGUCCGCCGGGCAGGAGCAUCUGAUGAACUGCAUGAAGCUGCUUGAGAGAUGCAGUGUGUCGUCGGAGAAUGUGUCGCUGUUCAUCCAUGUCAGGAACCAGUUGGGUAUCCUGUCGGCAGGCUGGGAUGAGACCGAGACGGCUCAGGGAUUCCUUGAAACCGCAGAAUCUAUCUACCAACGUUAUCUGAAGGAGGAUGGGAGUCCACCUACUGAUAUGACAGAGUACUUCACUACUGAGGAGAACAUGCUGACACAUCAGGAAAGGACCAAGAGGUUUGAGUUGGCCUACACGCACACCAUGUAUUACCUUGCUCAAGUCUAUAAAAACCUUGGUGAAACUGAGCGUGCUGCCACCUACUGCCACAGCACCCUGCAGAGACAGUUACAGUUAAAUCAGUUCAGUCCAAUGGAGUGGGCUCUGAACGCUGCCACACUAUCACAGUAUUACAUCACUAAGGGCCUAUACAUGGAAGGCAGACAUUGCCUCUCAGCAGCUACUGUCAUAUCAGAUUUAGCAGGAGAGGUUCCUUCUGAGGCCGCAGCACAGGAGAGUGAGACAGAGAGUGAGCGCAGGGAGCAGCUCAGACAGAAGAGAGCAGAGAUUGCAAGAUGUUGGAUCAAAUAUUGUCUCAACGUCCUGCAGGACUCUAAGAAGCUGCUAGAGGACAGCAUUGGGGAGCUCGACACUGAUCGUCAAGAAGAGUUGAAGAUGGCAAGGAGACGUGAGGAGGAAGAGGAAGAGAAGGGCAGGAAGAGCGCUCUGCUGUUUGGCUCUGAGGACACCUUUGACUCCAUUGCUAGUCUGGAAGAGAAGGUGCACUGUUUGCUACCACUGGACUUCACUGAGGCCAGAGCUGUUUUUCUGGUGGGACAAAAUUAUGUCACACAGGCCAAGGAGUAUUUCCAGAUGGACGGCUAUGUGACGGACCACAUAGAGAUCUUGCAGGAUCACAGUGCUCUGUUCCGGGCCCUUGCUUUCUAUGAAGAGGAUCUGGAGCGACGCUGCAAAAUGCACAAACGCAGAGUUGACAUGCUAGAGCCAAUCUGCAGUGACUUGAACGCCCAGUACUACUUAAUGAUCCGCAGACAGAUGAUGUUUGAGUUGGCUGAGAUUUACAAUGAAAUGAUGGACCUGAAACUGACACUGGCCAACAGACAAUCUGAUACCGAGUCUCUAGAUAACCACACCAUUAAUAAAUUCAACCAUCUCUGCUCUGCCUCUGCCAAAUACUUCCAGAUGUUCCUCGACUCUCUGUGUUCUCCAGAGGGGAAGAUUCCAGAGCACCUGGAGGAGGAGGUGCUCAGACCGGCUCUGGUGGCCCGCUUCAGAGUGGCCCGACUCUACAGCCGACUGAUCAGCCCUUCACCCUCUGCUCAGCUGGAAAACCUUGACAAAUCUCUUGAACACUACAAAUACGUGGUGCAGUACUGUGAGGCCCACCCUGAGGCAGCAGCCGCUGUGGAGACGGAGCUGGAGUUGAGUACAGAGAUGGUGGGCCUGCUUCCUCUCAAAAUGAACCGCCUCAAAGCAAAGAUGGUUGUAAACAACUGAAGGACGUCACUGUUCACUGAACGACGGCUCUCUAAUAGCCGGUCAAUCUAAAUGUACCACCUUUAUAAUCCGUGGACACUCACAAUUAGAAAAACUGGAUGGCAGAGUUUCUGGCUUAUUUAUGUAUUUUUUUGUGCAGUGGGUAUGCUGCUUACACAAGACCUUUGAACCCAUUACACACAUUACAAGUAUGUGCUUUCCUCCGUGAAGUAAAAUGUGUGGUCAAUUAAUUUUCAAGCUCAGUAAAUAUACUCUCUUCAAAAUGUAUAUAAAAAUAUCUUUCUCAUAGUACUAAGAAAUAAUUGAAAAUGGUUCAACACAUUAAAUUGAGUGAAUUGACAUGGACCUGUUUUUGUCGUCACAUCGAUUUCAUCUCAACUAGAAUGGUGUGAAGACAUCUAGUCUAUCACUAAAAUGUCAGACGCUCCCUUUGCAACAAAAAAGUAGCUGCUUGGAAUGAGACAGUCACCUCAACAUUUAUGUGGUGGAUAUGUGCAUAACAGAUUUCAUUUUGUUUUCUGUCACUAUCUUCAGUGACCCUAGUCUCAUUCAUACUAGUUUUCUAUUGUUAAUCAUAUUGGUUUUCAUUUAAUAUGGCUUUUUUGUUGUUGUGUAAAGCACUUUAGCACAUUCAAAUUCAGUUUAUUCAGCUACUUUAUGUCUCUGAUGCUAAAACAAAUGUUAUGACUUAUGGUGUAACCAGGGCGAUAACAAUAGGCAGCCUAAGCUACAGAUUGACAGAGGAUGUCGAAUGUGUACAGAUUGUAAAGCCCUCUGAUGCUAAUUUGUCAUUUUGGGCUACACAAAAUACAUAGAAUUUAAUUGAAAUUUGUUGUUGCGCCUUAAAACUGAGAUUUUUGUUCUAAAAAUCUUCAGAAACAACUGUCCCAGUGACAGUCAUUAAGUGGACUUAACAAUGUUGGUUUAUGACUAAUCUGCAUGAUGCCAGCCUCGUCCAGUUGAACCUCUGUAUUGUCUUCCUGUCUCUUAGGGAUCACAAUGUCAUCCCGUUUUAUGUAACGCAGAUACUGUAUGUAAUAGAAAUAAAACAAUGAAGUAAUACACACUUAUUUCACAACGACGAUAUUUGGUUUGUACUUAAACAGAAGCUGGGUGUAAAAUGGGUAUAUAAAGGAAGUAACACGUUCAUUUAAUGACUGGAGGAUCCAAAGUAAAAGGCUGAAAUUGAAAUGAUCUUUGUUUGGCGCCCAAAUGAGCUAAAGAACCCUUUUCCACUCUAUUAACUUAUUGAUCAAGAUAAAUGUCUAUAAGGAUGUUUAUUAACACCAAAUUAAACUGACUGAGACAUUGUGGUGAUUUUCUGUAAAAGUUAGUGUAUUACAGCUUGCACCUUUUUGUCACAUGUCUUUAUUUUGUUUGUCUCCCACAGUCAUGUCCUCCAUGUUUCCCAUAUUGUUAUAGUGGUUUGUACAUUUUAUCUAGGUUGAGUAAAUGGUUUACACAUAUCUCAGAGAUAAAGGGAUAUUUCAUAUUGAUAAUAAAAAAUCCAAAGAAAAUAAACUUAA